CUCCCAGGGAGGUGGGGAGGAAUUAAAGCGGCGAUGCAUGAAGCAGGGGCCCCGGGUUGGGGCGGUGUGCUGGCAUUUUUAUUUGCAAUGGAGGACGUUUGCAUUGCAAGGCAACUCGCGUGUUUUGCAGUUGCAUCGCGUCUGCAUUGCCUGCGUCACAUGACGUGUGCAUCGCGAUGCAUUACGGCGGUGUUGCGUUUGGAUCUCCUUUGGCGUUACAAGACGCUUGCAUCGUAUUACAUUACAUGUGCAUUUCAUUUGCAUCUGAUUUGCAUUCUAUCACCUUCCGUUUGCAGUGCAAAGCAUAAUGCCUGUGCUAUAUUUGCAUCAUAUUUGCAUUGCAUUACAUGACGUUUGCCUUGAGGUGCAUUUUGUAUCUCGUUUGCAUUGCAUUGUAUUUGCGUCUCACCUGCAUUGCAUUAGGUUGGUAUUGCAAUGCAUUCCACCUGCGUUGCAUUUGCAUCUCGUUUGCAUUUCAUGGGAUUUGCAUUGUAGUUGCAAUACAGUACAAGGCGUUUGCAUUGUGCCGUAUUAGGUGUGUCCUGCAUUCACAUCUCAUUUACAUUGUACCGUGCUUGCUUCUUGUUUGAAUUUUUUAUUGCAUUACUCUGGCAUUGCAUUGCAUUGCAUUAGGUGUCUUGCAUUUGCACCUCAUUUGCAUUGUAUGAUAUUUGCAUUUUGUUUGAAUGUCAUGGCAUUAUGCUGGUGUGUCUUGCAUCUGUAUUGCCUUUGCACUGUGCAGCAUUUGCAUUCCAUUUGAAUUUCGUUGCAUGGCAUUGCCGUUGCAUUACCUGUGUCUUGCGUUUUGCACUAAGCAAUACUUGCAUUGCAGUAUCAUUGCAUUACAUGAUGUGUGGAUUGCAAUACGUUAGUGGGCAUUGCAUUUGCAUCUCAUUUGCAUUGCACAGUAUUUGCUUUUGUCUUUGCAUUGCAUGUGCAUUGAAGGGGGGCAGGCUGGGCAAUGAGCACAUGGAGUGGGGGGGGACCCUGCUGAACAAUGUAUGGGUUUGGGGGAGCCCACUCUGAGGCUAGAAAGAUCCUUGGCUGAGGUCCAUGGCUUUACACACACCCUGCUCCUUAGCUGCGCCCUCCGGCUGCACCAGAGGGGGACCUUUGCUCUGCCCCACCAUGUUCCUGGAGACCGCAUGAGGCGAGGAGCUGGGGAGGGAUCAGCAUGGACCAGCCUCACUUUUAUAUCUAUCUUCUCUCUGCCUGUCCUGGGCCAGACUGACCUUUGCUCUACCCCCAGUUACAGCCUUCACCCAGCAAACCCCGCUCGACUACUGGAAAAGCUGAGUCAGGAAGCCCAGCCCGCUGUGGAGGAGUUUCAUUGCUGUUCUGUGAUUCACGCUUGGUUUUCCCCAACCUUCAGGGGGUCCCCAGCUUUUUUUUAUUUGGAUCCUGGUCCCUCCUGCAGGCCCCUUCAGAAGAAGCAAACUCUGCCUGUGUAACGCAGCGGUGAAGGACUCAAAAAAGCCCCCUGGCAGGUCACAAAUGUUUUCUGGUGGAAACCUCGGAUGCAAAUCGCACACGGUGGAUCACCCUUCAAAGGAUCUCCUGGCCUCUACGGUUGAGAAUCGCUGCGUUAGGUCCUGCUUUGUUGUGGUUUGAAGCCAAAAAAUCAGAUCCCCCCUCAUCCCUUUUUCAAAAAUCUGCUCCUCCCCCCCUUUUAUUUUUUAGAGGCUAAACGGCGACAGGCCUGACCCGAGACAUCCCUACCCAGCAUGGAAAAAAAUACAAUCCAACUCCGGAAGGGAAGUGCUGGAAGCAGAUAAGAAGCACGGGGCUCCAUUAGCAAACGACUGCCCUCUCGUGUGCUCCCAACACAGAGCGUGGGCUGGCUUCCCUAGCAGCAUCUGCAUGGACAGGGCCAAUGGUUAACGAAUGCACCUCGUUACUUCCAGCUGUCCCAUAGUCCCUUGCGGUUUCCGAAACCCCGUCUUGUACAUUGGCAGGUUUCCAGGACAGAGAGAGACUCUGGUAUCUGCCUGCCUGUAAUUGCUGGGCAUUGUUAACACCUGCCAGCAAAGCCACACCCCCUUACUUUGAUUUUUUUUUUUUUUUUUACUUAAAAAAGUCAGUAUUAUGAAAAAGGAGGAAACAAGGGUCAAAAUGGGAGGAGAGUGGGAGCCAGGGCAGAUGCGGGUUGCUUCCAAAGGGGAGCCAGCCAAAAAUGGAGGAGGUUAUGCAUCCAAGGACAUCCUUCUGGCUUCCUUGGGGAGGGGAUGGUGGCAGGAAUGAAGUGUGGUGGAGACGUGUUCCUCCUGGCAGGUGCUAGAAAGGUGGCUGACCUCUGAGGAAGGAGCCGGCUGGGGGGGGUUGGGGCUCUCAUAAGGCUCUGAUGUAUUCUGCAAGGUAGGGAAGAAGUUAUUUUUCCUUAUUAUGGAUGGGAAACAAGAGGACUAUAGCCUACUAUAGCAUACCCCAGAAUGGAGAAUACAGCAUGCCCCAUGCAGAGAGGAUAUAUGGGGCAAACGGGAGGCGUGUGAUACAAUCGGACAGGAACACGUUUUUAUACCCCCCGAAGCAAGUGUUUUGGGUCUAAAGAUGGAGCUUUGGGGGUGGACAAGGUGAGUGUGUGUCUAGGGGUGGCCCAGCAGAGAAGGCAAGGGGUGCAAAUGCUCCUGUUUGCAGGCGGGAGCUGAUGUGCUCGGGGUGUCUGAGCAGGAGCGGGCGAGGACCGCGGAGCAGCAUGAGCUCUGCUGGGAGUAAGGUGGCAAAGGCUGUUGCAGCACGGGACCGGCGUGCUCAUGAGACGCCGCACGACCGUGCGGCAAGAGAGCUGGGCGGUCCUGUUCCCUUCACGCCAUUUCCCUCCAUUUUCCCUUCACGCCAUUUCCCUCCAUUUUCCCCUCACGCCUUGCCCCCACCCCCACGCCCCCAGCACUGCAUGAGUCCCUGCUCAAUCAUGGCUGCCUGAGGUGCGGGUGCUGCCAUAGCCCCGUUCACCCCCAAACAGCCCAUAACAAGGGGUCCAUAGCCUGACCCUCACCCCCGCCUCAUACAGCUUAUUGCCCCAGCCAGGGGCCUGCCGGAGGACUUGCCCUCGCCCAUCCCACAGCCCCGCGUCCCGAGCAGAGCGAUGGGUGCUACGUGGGGUGGGCGGGGAGGGGUAUUUUCCACAGAGCAGCACUGCAGCAGGGGCGUUAGUGAGGUGGUGCUAUCAUGGCUUCCCAGGGGUGUAGCUCAGGUGUGGAGACCAUGGAGGGGCACUCGUGGAGUGAGGGGCAUGGUGGAGGGGGUAUUUUUCAGGCAGAGAGAAUAUGAAUGACACUGGGCUAUCAUGGGCAGGGUAUUCUCCAGAGAGUGGUAUCACAGGGGGAGUAUGGAAAAUGAAGGGUUGGAAAGCACAUUAAAUGGGAAGUAUUAUUCAGGUGGGUGUUUCAUGGAGGGAGUACUCAUGAGGUGAGGGGUAUUGUGAAGGUGGGUAUUAUUCAGGUGGGGGCAUUAUGAGGGGGUAUUAGUGGCAUGAAGAGUAUCAUGGAGGGGUAUUUGUGAGGUGAGGUGAGGGGCACCCCGGAGGUAUCCACGGAGGGGAACUCGUUUGGGAGCCCCCACAGGGCAGUUGUAUGAAGAGGGGCCUUAUUAAGGUGGCAUCUGACAGGGUAUUAACGAGAUGAGGCAAACAAAGGGGAAAGCUCUCUGGCAGGACAAAGAUGGGGGUCUCCGCACUGCUGAGACGUCUCCCCAGGGAGGGCAGCAUCAGGGGGCAGGGGACAGGGCAUUACACACCAGGUAUUGGGUCCACGCUGCGCUUGGGCAGGCACCUCCCAAGUGAACACAGCCUCGUUUUGUUCUUUACCAGGGCAGCAGUGGCCCCCACGCCCUGAGAAAGAUGCAUGCAUGCUUUGAGAGGGAAAGGACAGAGCCCAUCCGAAUGGCACUGCACCAGGGCAACAUGGAGGAGGCGUUCGGCACAUCCUUCAGCCCCUUUGCUAAGCAGUCCAGGCUGGUGAGCAGGCGCGAGCCUGAUGAGGCAGCUGCAGGCCAAAGGCACCCCUACGACCCCAAGGAGCAGCUCUGGGAGUGGCUCUACCAGCCAUUGAGCCCCCCCAGGAGAAAAGAGGACAGAGAACCCAUCCAGCUGCUGGUGUCUGGCUUUGCUGCCCGCAGCCCCAACAUGCUGACAGAUGUGCUCCCAUGCCCAGCACUGUGCCUCUCACAGGAACUCCCUUCGCCCCGUGAGCUGUGCAGGCAGAGACGGGGCCAGGGGAAGUGCAAGAGAGUCGAGACCAGCAGUGUGACCUCGGUUUGUUCCCACCUGGCGGAGCUGAAGCGAAGGCAGAGCAGUAUUGAUGAGUAUGGAGGUGACCUCGCUCCUUUCCCAGCCAGAGGUUUAGGCACUGCACUGGGCUGCACACAUAUGGGAGCCCAGAGGACACUAUAAAGCCCAGUCCCUACACAGUAUUUAGGUUAUUAGAUGGGGUUGCACUUUCUCCCUGCAGAUUGAAAUCAAAAAACCCAAAACAGGACACCUGCCUCCUUGACCAUUUUUUAUAUAUUUAAAAAACAGUUGAGUCCGCUUCUCUCUUUCACACCUGACACACCACAGCACUCCAGCUGGGGUGCCCCAAAUCAGGCAUGAUAUUCCCAACCUGCCUAUCCCAUGUCAUGCCAUGUCCUGUGAGUGUCCUCAAUGCCCCACAGGCUGAAGAAGCAGACGUGGGGAGGUUACAUGUCCCACACUGCCUCGGAGGAUCAGGACGGCACUGCCGAGAUCCCUAGAGACUCACUC